CCACCCACUCACAAACACCAGGAAGUACCGGGAGAUAUGAACCACCACAGUACCAUUUAUAUUGCGAAGGGACCGAAUAACUAACAGCAGCACUUGCUCUCAUACCGCCGUCUGAGGGGAGAGUAUAUUGAUGCCGGUGAUAGAACGCGAGAAACUUACCGAAAGUUUUUUUAAAUCUCUAUUUUUCUUCACAACCGUGUGUAUAAAACACGUGAGUUUUGGUGUAUUGGCCUGAUGUGACAGCGGAGCUCCGUUCAGUGAAUUAAAGACGUCACGCACACCGGCGACAGGGGCGAUGCGGUGGACCUAUAAGAAGAGCGUUACCAUGGGAGCAGUCUUCCUCCUCCUCUCCAUCCUUUACUUCAGUCUCCCUCUGGACCUCAGGAGCACCUGGGUGGAGGAGUGGCAGGUCCAGACCUUCUCCAGCGAUGCAUCGUGGAUAGACAAGGGAGGCUACCUCCCACUGAACGUCUCUUAUCAACUACUGGCAGGAACACCUCCCACUGAACAGAAGUACCUGACCAUCGGGCUGUGCUCAGUGAGUCGUCCUAAAGGCAGCUAUCUGAUCUCCACCUUGUCCUCCAUCUUCUCCCGCUCCUCCCCAGCAGAGCUAAACUCCAUGUUGGUGGUGGUACUGCUGACAGACUUCGAUGCCCAAUGGAGAGCGACCACGCUGGGGGAGAUUACAGCUAACUUCCCCUCCCAGCUGAAGGCAAACCAGCUCCUGGUGGUACAUGCCCCCAAGCAGUACUACCCACCAAUAACAGGCCUGAAAAGGAACUUUAACGACAAGGCUGACCGCGUGACGUUCCGCUCCAAACAGAACGUUGACUAUAGCUUCCUGGUUCAGUUCUGCACUGGGCGGAGCCUGCACUACCUGCAGCUGGAGGACGACGUCUCCUGCUCGCAUCACUUCCUGUCCGCCAUCAGAGGGCAUGUCCAGCAAAUGGAAGUGCCCUGGGCCACGUUAGAGUUCUCAGCGCUGGGCUACAUUGGGAAGCUGUACCACUCAGAACACCUCCCCCUCCUCUCACGCUUCCUCUUCCUGUUCUACCAGGAAAUGCCCUGCGACUUCCUGUUCAGUCACUUCCGGGUGCUUUUGACGCAGAGCGAGGUGAUCCGCUUCACACCCUCACUGUUUCAACACACAGGCUCAUACUCGUCCUUCCUGGGGACCUUCAACAAGCUGAAGGAUGACGACUACGAGGAUCUCUACACCAACCCUGCUGCUGACGUCUAUAGUGACAUACCAGUCUAUAAGGAGCAUGUGGCGGCCAUGGCCUGGUCUCCUGGUACUGGAACCUUCUUCUGGGGGCGGAGUCCCUCUUCAGGGAACCACCUAACCGUCACCUUCAAACAUCCUGUUGUGGUUACCUCCAUUACCGUGGUGACUGGUUCAGCAGAGGGUCGUGAUCGGUUGGCAUCUGCGACCGUAGAACUGGGUCUCCACCCGGUAACCGAGAAGACUGGGUCGGGGACAACAUGCCAAGAGUUCUAUAACGUGGGGGAUCUGCAGGGAGGCAGGAUGGACAUGACGGACGUACACAAGAAGAGAUUUGGCCACGCGUCUUCCUGUCUGAAGAUAAGAGUCACAGCCAAACAGAAUGACUGGGUUAUCAUCAAGAAGAUCAGGAUUACAACAAAGGAGGAAUAAACACUCUGAAAACACACACACACUCACUGAACAGACACACACACACACACACACACACUCACUGAACAGACACACACACACACUCACUGA